AUGACUUCCAGAUAUUUCUUUCGCACGUUUCGUCGUUUUCUUAUAUUUUCAUCUUAUCAUAUUCCCUUAUCAUUUCGAAAUAAUCGUCUUCUUUGGACUUCAUUGGGUACUGGUGCUAUACUCAGUACAACUGUUUAUAAAAUAUCACCAUUUGAAAAAUACUCUCGUUCAUUUAUUGUUCAUGCAAAAUCACUUGAAAAAGAUUUAUCUCAUACUGAAAAACAAUUAUUUCAAGCGGCUCAUGAUGGUCGAUUAGAAAUUCUUCAACAAUUAAUUGAACAAGAAAAACUUGAUGUUAAUCUUCGACAUCCACUUGGUUGGACGCCUCUUCUCGUUGCUGUUAUAAAUAAUAGAAUUGAUUGUGUAAAAUAUCUACUUUCGAAAGGUGCUGAUCCAAAUCAAUCUGAUGAAUAUACUAAUGUACAAUCAAUGGCAAAAAAACUUCAUUGGAAUCCGACACAUGUUCAUGCAAAACGUGAAGAAGAAUUUUGUGAUCGUCUUUCAUCUCGAGCAACAUUUAAUGGUUUUACAGCACUUCAUUAUGCUGUAUUAAAUGAUAAUUUACCUAUAAUAAAUAUUUUAAUUGAACAUGGUGCUGAUCCUUUAAUUGAAAAUGAACAAGGACAUUUACCAUCUGCAUAUGCAUUAUCACAGCAUAAAGAAUUAUUAAGUGAAUUUGAAAAAAAUGCGAAAAAAUUACAUGAAGACAGAAUGAAAAUUGAAAGACGACGAAGACCACUGGAAAUUCGAAUAAAAGAACAUAUUGUUGGACAAAAUUAUGCUAUAUCAACAGUUUGUGCUGCUAUACGACGAAAAGAAUCUGGUUGGACUAGUGAUGAAUCACCAUUAGUAUUUCUUUUUCUUGGUUCAUCUGGUGUUGGUAAAACUGAAUUAGGUAAACAAAUAGCGAAAUAUUUAAAUGGUGAAAAAAAUCAAACUCGUUGUUUUAUACGUAUUGAUAUGAGUGAAUAUCAAGAAAAACAUGAAGUAUCAAAAUUAAUUGGUGCACCACCUGGAUAUGAAAAAGGUGGACAAUUGACGGAUGCAUUAAAUAAAUGUCCAACAGCCGUUGUACUUUUUGAUGAAGUUGAUAAAGCACAUCCGGAUGUUUUAACAGUUAUGUUACAAUUAUUUGAUGAAGGACGUUUAACUGAUGGAAAGGGAAAAACCAUUGAUGGUAAACAAGCAAUUUAUGUGAUGACAUCGAAUUUAGCUAGUGAGGAAAUUGCUAAUUAUGCACAAGAUUUAAGACGCGAAGAAGAAAAGAAACCACCGUUAGUUAAUGGAGCAAUGACGUCAGGUACACUAAAUUAUUAUUUAUUAUUAUAG